AUGGCUAGGGAAGCUGGGCUGUUGGGUGCAUUGCGGAGGGUGGAUGAGGGAGGAGGAAGAGGAGGAGGAGGAGGAGGAGGAGGAGGAGGAGGAGGAGGAGGAGGAGGAGGAGGAGGAGGAGGAGAGGAGGAGGAGGAAAAUACGGAGGAGGCUGCUGCUAGGGCAGAGAUUUCAUUCGACGCGUACCUCCAGUCACAGCAGACCAGCCUCAAGCUCUCUGACAGUGUCCCCACAACCGCUAGCCCCAGUGCACUGGGCAGCACAUUGAGAGGUGGGGCAGGCUCAGUGCCAGAGGCAAGUUCAGCGCCAGAGAAAAGUUCAGUGGCAGGGGCAGGUUCAGUGGCAGAUGCAAUUUCAGAGCCAGAGGGGCCAAUGGCAGGCGCUGUGACACCCGGAGGAGGUGUUGGAAUAGCAGGGAUUUCUCCAAGCAGUGGGGCAGCUGUGCCUGCCAGCACUGCUGUUGGUGAGAGCCGGGAAGGGCAGGCGAGGGAGGAGGGAGACACAGGGGUUGAUGGGAGGAGGUGGAGAAGAGAGGGCGGAGCAGAGGGGCAGGGUGAUGAGAGUACCGUCGUGCAAGGGUGCUGGGGAGCUGGAGGUGGGCGACUGGAGGAGGAGGGCGGUGGGGGAAAGCCCGAGAGUGGCUGUAAGAGAGGUGCCUUUAGCGAGCUGUCAGUAGGGAAUGAGUGUGUGGUGGAUGGGAACGGUGGGCAAGGGCAUGCACGAAGUAAAGGGGAGGGGAUCGAGGUGUCAUCAAAGGAGGUGUGCUCAGAGGAUGCAGCUUCCGGAGGUGCUGGUGAGCUGGAGAGAGAAGAAACUGAAGGUGUGCCUCAUGGGUUGGAGGCACAGCACAGACUAAGGGAGUCAACUGGUUGUGGCAGCACUCUGCUGCUAGAUCCUGAUGACCUCGCUGAGGGCAUGAGCAUGAGCAUGAGCAUUGAAGAGGACGUGGUGGAUCUCACUGCGUGCAGCAGUGACGACUCUGACAACUCCUAUGACUCUGACGGUUCUUGUGACUCUGAUACUCCUGGUGAUGGUGAAGUGGAUGAUUCCUCCUGUGCUCACGAGGAGGGGGCUGUGCUGGAGGGACAAGUGAGAGGGGGAUAUGUGGAGCGAGGCAAACACCAGAACAAGCCACAGCCGCAGAAGCAGAUGCAGCAGCAGAGGCAACAGCAGAAGCAUGGGCGGCAGAGUGUAGGAGCAAAUCAGCUGAGCCAGCGAGUCCUGAGAAGCAGCAUGCGCCGAAACACGCUAGCACCAGCUUCUUUUGCUGCAGAGGCUACCACUGGCGCCGGUGGUGAUGCUGGUCGAGGAAAGAGGCACAACGUGGUUGCUGCUGCCCAUGUUCGCGCUAAUCCUGCAUUCUCUCCUGCUCCUGCUCCUGCUCCUGCUCCUGCUCCUGCUCCUGCUCCUGCUCCUGCUCCUGCUCCUCCUCCUGCUGCUGCUAUCUCUCCUUCUCCUGCUAUCUCUACUUCUCCUGCUCCUGCUCUCUUCCCUUCUCCUGCUCCCAAUCCUGCUGCAGCUGCUGGUGAUGCGCCCAUUGCUCCGCCAGAGCAUCGAGAUACACGUACCCGCCAUAGCAUGAACAGCUGCCGCACGCUAAGGAGCAGCUUGGGCGCUUCAGGAGGAGUGGAAAGAAGGGGCACUCCUGAUGAGAGCAGCAGGCGUGCAACUCGAAGCACCGGGCGCACAAGGACCAUGCCUGCCCGUCAAGGCAACAGGGAGAAGCAGUCUUGUGAGAAUGAAGCUGGCCGUGCGAGAUUGAGGCGGGAGGAGGAGAGGGGGGUCGGAUGCGAGGAGGGUGUGAGCUGUGCUGCUGAGGAGGUGCAGGAGGUGUGUGGUGUGGUUGAGAGGGGUGACGAGAGGGCGGGGAGAUGUGAGAGUGAAGGGCUAGUGGAGAUUCUUGCUGGUCUGAGUCUGCAUGGGGUGGUGUGGGAGGGAUUGAAUGUGCUGGUGAGGAGACGGCAGGGGACAGAUGUGACAGCUGAGUCAGGGGACAAGCGGCGAGAGUGUGGUCCUGACACUGUUUCAGGCAGCAGCAGCAUUGAUGUUUUAGAAGGGAGGGGCAUGGUUAGGAGAAAGUCGAGCGGUGAAGGGAAUGAGGCGCAGCAAGGGGCGGAAGUGGCAGCACAAGGUGGGGGCGAGCGGCGAGACUGUGCUGCUGAGACUGUGUCAGGCAGCAGUAGCAUUGAUGCGCGCAACAGCAGAGGGAGCUGCAGCAUUGAGGCGGGGAGCACGGAUGAUGGUCAAAAUGAAGAGGAGGGCGGUGAUAGUGGUGCACGGGAAGAGGUGGAGGAGGAGGAAAAUGUGGAUGACGUGGUGGAGGUGGAGGAGGAAGGGGAGGAAAAUGAGGAGGAUGAGGUGGUGGAGGAGGAGAAUGAUGGGCUGCGUGCAUUGCUGGCUGCCUGUCGCCAGCCACACAUGUGUUCCAUGGAACAAGCCAUCACUCAAUUCUGUAAUCUGAAGACGAUUCGGAAGAUAGGGGAGGGAAGCUUUGCGGAAGCGUUUGCAGCGGAGGGAGUGGAUGGUGGGGUGUGCCUUAAGAUCAUGCCUGUGGGGGGCCGAGUGCUGGUCAACGAUGAGCCGCAGAAGGUUGGGAAGUAUGAGAGUGCAGUGCAACAAAAUAGUGCCAGUUGGGGGACCGAGUGCUGGUCAAUGAUGAGCCGCAGAAGGGGUGUAUACUCGCCUGUGCUCGUGCGGGCGUGGGAGGAGUGGGCGGAUGAGAACGAGUCGCUCAACGACCACCCAGGCAUCUUCCCCUCCGACCAGGCAUACGUUGUCUUUAUUCUGGAGAUGGGCGGCAGUGACUUGGAGAAGGCCCAAGUGCGCUCCUUUGAUGAGGCUCGCAGCAUCUUGCUGCAGGUUGCAGCAGGGCUGGCAGUGGCGGAGGCAGCUUGUGAGUUUGAGCACCGUGACCUGCACUGGGGCAACGUCCUCAUCCAUCGCACACAUGCGAGCGGGCCCCAGAGGGCUGGCACGGGCAGGGGUGCCACUCACAGGCGGCAGCAGGCAAAGGCCCUGAGUGACUGCACUGCCAGCAUGAACAGCACUGGGAACAGCAAUGCUUGCAGCAACGCUAACACCAAUAGCAGCAGUGGUGGUGUGCGAGUGCAUUUCAGUGACCUCUCUCAGGAGCCGUCCAUCUUCCAGGGCGAUAAGGACCACCCCCAGGUGAGCGUUGCUCCAGGUGCGAUGCUGCCGCAGGUGAGCGUUGCUCCAGUUACGAUGCUGCCGCAGGUGAGCGUUGCUCCAGUUGCGAUGCUGCCGCAGUUUGACACAUACAGAGAGAUGAAGAAGAAGACGAAAGGAUGCUGGGAUAGAUGGGCGCGAGCUCAAACCGACAGCAUCGCUAAUAACAGCGAUUUCAACAAUAAUGAAUCCGUGACCAAUCCUGGCCAAGACCCUGGCUUCGUUGCGAACCCUAAUCUCACCGUCAACCCUGACAUUGGAGAUCCUGCUGUCAAUUCCCCUAACAGCGACGCCACUAAUACCAGCCCUGGCGACGGUGUCAAUAAUUCGCUGACGGAACCCUCGCAGACGUCCCCAAACGAGCUCCAGCCAGCAGACGGUAGCGGAGAUUCUAACGGGACGCCGGGGUCUGACGGAAACGGAGCUCCUGACGGAACGUCGGCGGACUCCGUCCGUCAGAGGCCCAGCCCAAACAGGAGGUGCCGCGGGUGCCCUCUCUUCCCGUGCCAAGCCGGGUCGCACCGCAACGGCCGAUUCGACACGUCGAUCGAUCCUAGGUACUCCGUCGUUCUCGCCGGAGAGAGCUCCUCCAACGAUGGCCACCGCAGCGAUGACGGCAACACCAUGGAGUGCUGGCGCGAGUGCAAGAACCGCAACCAGAGGCCCGGACGGGCGCGCGCGGCGAGCCCCAUAGUCUACUGGCAGUACGAGCCGUUCACCGAUCCCAGCACCGGAGGACUUUGCAGCUGCUUCGGCGCCGCUGCAUGCAAUGGCCGCCGUUUCGUGCACCCGUCGGAAGACGACAGCAACCUGCCGGCCGUCAACUUUGUCGGCAAGAUCUGCCCGGCGAACGGAACAGGCGACCCGCACUUCGUCGGCGCGGACGGGUCGCGGUUCGAUUUCAGCGGGCGCCCCGGCGAGAACUACGCGCUGAUCUCCGACGUACACGUGGCAGUGAACGCGCACUUCGGGGGGCGGUGGGGCGAAUGGGAGGGGCGCAACAAGGCGCUGACGUGGAUGCGAAAGAUCUCGAUUAUGUGGGGCCAUCACUCCAUCGUUUUCGAGGCGCGCGAAGGGUGGGAGUCUGGUUACCGAAACGGUUACCUCCAACGACUGUCGGUCAAUUCGGAAGUCGUGAAACUUGGCCAGCCCGGCACGCACCUGGAUGUCGCCUCGUUUUUCGACGGGCAGGUUGAGCUGCGAUGGGCAGCGGCGAAAAAACCCGCGAAGGGCGAGCUGGUUGACGAGUACGAAGUUCGCAUAGGCGACGUUCUGUCGCUCAGGCUGACGCUGCGACCCGAGAUCGCAGCGCUUCGCACGGACGACGACGGCGUGGUGCACUUCACGGUGGACGUGCUGAGCGCGAAGCUGUCGCCCAACGUGCACGGCGUGCUAGGACAAACCUUCCGCCCUGACUUUAUUGGUCGGCUUGAGCGGCAGAAGCUAGUGUGGAGCAACCUUUUCAAGACGCAAGUGGUUCCUGGCGACAACGCGGAGGGGUUUAUCGACGGUACUGUAGACGACUACAGGUGUACUGAUCUCGCCCACUCGGACUGCGUGUUUUGUCGCUUUGUGCGCGCGGAAACGCUGGACAAUGAAACUGCAUCCGCUAUAGAGCUGGCUGCUGGCGUUUCGUCCUCGUAUAGUGACAACGGCCGCACCUACCCACGCAAGGCACUAGUGGGAGCUUCAUAA